AUGAGGGGGGGACUGAUGCCAACUGUCCCAGAUUCUCUACGUGAUGUGAAGCCAUGGAAGAAGCAUCAUGUCAUGAAGACAAAAGAUCCUCAGCGCCUGUUUCGGUUUCCCAGAGAGCACCUGGAGGACCUAUGUCUCAGACUGCAAGAGGAAAACAGUGUGCUAAGACAACACACACGUACACAGGAGCAGAGGCUACGCAGGAUGUCCACCAGACUGAUGCGUCUUCGUCAGGCCCGUCCAGGGUCUAGUGGAGUGAAGGAGAGGGACAUGGAGGACACCAUACAGGAGCUGGAAGCCCGUGUUUCUAUGCUGGAGAGACAGAAAGGGGCGCUACAGAACAAACUCAGCCUGGCCAAGCAACACAUUAUGGACAUUGGGGGGCGCACGCCAUACAAGUUCAGUAAAGGUAAAAGUAUGGAAAUGGAGGGUGGAAUCAGGAGGGCAGCCCAGACUGCCCCGCCCCGCUACGGCCCCAUGUUGGAAGACACCAGGGCAGACAUGGAUAGAUUGUCCAGUGUGACAGAGCAGGUGAGGGUUGCAGAGCUGGAGCUGACUGCCCAGGCGCUCAGAGACACGCUGAGAGACAAAGAAAAAGAGAUUGAGGGAACUGUGAAAGAGAUCAGGAAGCAACAGGCUGACAGACACAGAAUAACUAUAAGAGAGAAUGUGGAUCUGAUCCGUAUACAAAAGCAGCUUUCAGAGAAGAGCACCGCUCUGAGAGUCACCCAGGAGAAGUUUAACAACUUGCAAGAGGCAUAUGAGAAUCAGCUCGAGGAGAGUCAGAGGUCGCUGAGGGAAAGCCAGGGAGCUCUGCUGGGGAAAGUGGAGGAGCUGAGCGAGCAGCUGAAGCAGGAGAGACAGAGAGCUCUGGCACUGGAGGGGGAACUUACCGCCUCUACUCUGUCUCUCCAGACCCUGGACAAGCUACAAGAGAGGAUAUCCGAUCUGGAGGGUGAACGGGAUCUAAUAAAAGAAAACUAUGACACUUUACUAGAGAAUACUUUAUCUGGGCAAAGCAACCCUGAUGGCCGGGUGGACAGACACAUAGAAGUGGACCUGAGGAGGGAGAAACCGGGAGAAAACGUCAGCAGGACGGACAUCCAGAGACUGGAGGAGAGGCUGCAAGCUGAGAGGGAAGAGAGAGGCCGACUGGAGCUGGAGAAGGAGAAACUGAGACGAGAGAAGGAGACAUUAGAGGAGCAGACAGAGCGAGAAAGAGAGUUUUCUGGGAUGAUGAGAGACAAACGAGAGCAUCUGGAGCGGGAGGUUCUCCAGUACAGAGAGCAGGUUUCUGCUCUGCAGGAGAGACUGGACUCUGUCACCAAGGAGUUUGACAUGAGUGUUGAUGAGCUCAGUGACACUCUUUUGCAGAUCAAGGCAUUUAGGAUACAGCAGGAGAGCAGGGGGGGGCUGCCUUUCCUCUGGACUGAUGGGAAGGUGGAAGAUUCCCCCCGUGAGCUGGCAAGCAUCCAGGCAUCGCAUGCUGAGACUGUGCUGGAAUUACAGAAAACCAGAAACAUUCUACUGCUGGAGCACCGCAUCAGUAAAGACCUGCAGGAAGAGUUGAACACAGUCAAAGAGAAGAUGGAGAGAGAGAGGGAGGAGAGCAGGAGGAGGAUGGCAGAGAAAGACAAACUUUUGUCAAAAAGAUCUCUUCAGAUCAACACUUUACAAGCUCAGUUGAAAGAGUUAGCAUACAGCCCCAGGAACUACAAACGGACCAUACCAAUACAGUACACCUGGCCAGCUGGAGACCAGGAGGUGGUACAGCCUAUUGAAGAUGACAUGCCUUUUUCUCAGCUGAGGGCUGGGGAGUCACUGCUGGAGAUCCACCUUAAGGCUGCCACCUUCACCCCAGCAGGGCUUCGUACUAUGGGCAGCAUCCGUCCAGGAAUGGAUGGACGUGAAGACAUUGUGACCUUCUGCACCUACAGCCUCUUGGACUUUGAGGUGCACUCUACUCCUCUGAUAUCAGGCAGCCAACCCAGCUACAGCUUCACAUCCCGCUACGCUCUAACAGCCCGAGAUCUGGGCAGGCUGGGAGGUCAGGGGUCAAGGGUCAGAGUGGAGCUCCACCAAGCGUUAGGAGGGGUCAAGUUUGUUACACAUGGAAGUGGGCAGAUGUCCCUCAUGGGCGCCAUGGAAAGGAGAGGGGAGCGCAUCGGUGGACAUGUCAAUAUCACAGGCUCUGAGGGUGAAGUUGUUGGUGUUGUGGAUUUCUGGGUGCGCCUGUUCAAUCCCGCAGAGCCUGUAGACACUGUGGUAGAGAGAGGAGCUGACAGGAGAACAGCCACACAGAGGAGUCCUGUGCACAUUCCUCUUGGCUGGCAAGAUACUGGUCAUGAGGAGUUGCAUGACUACGGUGGGGGGAUCCCCAAUGAGUUGGUGGUUAUGUUGGAACAUUGUGUAGGCCUUAAUGCUCGCUGGCCUGGACUUCUUCCUGACGCCUACCUGACAUACAGGUUCUAUGACCUGCCACCUCACGUCUCUCAAAUAGUCCAGUGCACCGCUGACCCGGUGUUCAAUGACACCACGAAAUACCCACUGGCAGUAACAGCUGAUGUGUUGCACUACCUGAGGUCCAGCAGUUUAUGGGUGUAUGUGUUUGAUGACAGCGAUGACCAGAUCCCGCCAGCCUAUCUGGCCAAGACCCCCAUCCCGCUGCGAGCCCUGGCUACAGGCAGAGAGAUCAGAGGUGACUAUGUUCUGAGAGAUCCAGCUGGUGGACCUCGGGGCAUGGUCAGAGUCAUGAUGAAAUGGAAGUACCCCUUCCAGCCAUCAGUGGACGCCGUGGUGGGUAGACAGGAAAGACAGGACAGAGCAAUGGAAAGCACUGAGAGGGAGGAGAGGAGGAGAGAGGAGGCUGAAGUGUCACAGAGACCCAUAGCCAAGCCCAGAACUCAGCUACUUGAGCCAAGAGAAACCAAAGCAGUGCAGAAAGAGACUAAAGCUUGGCCUCAGCCUCCACCUGUCAAACAGAAAAGCUCACAGAACAUGCGACCAGAGCAACCCACCUCUGUGGCCACUCGCCAGUCUGUAGACAGGAAGAGAUCCACCAAGAGGUCACCUGAGCUUUACCAGCGCACACCCAAACUGACCCCUGAGCCGAGACUGACGCCCUCUCGUUUGUCAACAAGAAAAUUAUCAGAGAGAACGUCUUCCAGACAAUCAGCCACCACACUGUCGAGGAAAAGCUCUGCCAGCGAUGCUAAGACUCAGGACCUGGAUCAGGUGUCUAUGGAGGAAGAGGAGGAGGAGGAAGAGGAGAGGAGUGAGAGUGCUGCAGCAGCAGACAGUGAAGCCCCAGAGUCUUCAGAGUCAAGUUCCUCACAAAGCGACAUUAUCGUCAUUCCACCAAAACAAAAAAUGAGGAAGGGAGACAAGCUGAGAGUAGAGAUUCUGUCCCUGACUUUUGAACCGUCCUCACAAGUGGCGCUAGACAAGUCAGUGCAGCGUGUUUAUGUGGAAUAUCGGCUGCUGGGCGUCCCGAUGGAGACGACAGAAACACCCAUGUCCCUCCGCAAACCCAAAGAAGGGGAGGAGAUUCACUACAACUUUACCCGAGUGAUUUAUGUGGAUGGUUCUCAGUCAGCUCCACUCAGACAGUAUCUUUACACCAUGUUGGAGGGCAGUGACCCCAACCAGGGCAGGUUAAAGUUCACAGUAGUCAGCGAGCCAAUGGAUGAUGACGAGGAGUGUGUGGACGUCGGACAUGCUUUUCUGGACCUACAGGAACUGCUCCUGUCUGGAAAUGAUGUCAUUGACCAACAAAUUGACAUUGUGAGUGUGGAUGAAGACAAGGAAGUGAUUGGAAAUCUGAAAGUGUCUCUGGAAGCAGCGAAAGCUCUGACUGGGAUAUACCAAGAGUUUCACCAGAAAAGCGAGACCAAGGAAGAAGACAAGACAGAUGAAGAAGAAGAAGAGGAGGAGGAGAAAGAGGAGGAAGAGGAGGAGGAAAAGGAGAAGGAAGAAGAGGAGCAAGAGGAAGAGACGAAAAAAGAUCAGAUGCCGGUGGUAGAUUAUGGUGAUGAAGACAGUGACUUUUACUGAAUGCAAUUAGAUGAUCAGAUGGGUUGUUUUCUGUGUGAAACCGUUUUAAUAUUGUUUGUAACCUCUUCUUCAACAUUUCCAAAAGCAAUGAAAUAAAGAGUCAUUUU